AUGUCGGGUCGUGUCGUUCUUAAGCCUCGCAAAAGUCAGCCAGGUGCUGUGACUGCCCUUUUUGCUUCGACUUUGCUUAAAACGCAUCUUCUCCCACUUAUUCAUCAGGCAUCAACCAGCUUGUCGUUGAGCCAUGCAAAAAUGGAUCAGUUGGUCAACUUGUCGGAACGCUUUUCCACCUCCGCUCCACCAGAUACUCUCUUGGCAGCUAGCAUUUCUACCCUGACUCAGAAGUUGCAGCCGGAAGUGGUGGCCAUUAGUUCCUUUUUGCAACGGUUAUCUGGCGUGUCAGUUCAAGUUCAACAUGAGUUGGCAGGUCGCCCGCAGGUCUGUAAGCACGUCAAGGCUCUAGUUGCCUCUCAGGAGGCACGCCUAGCUGACUUGUCACGCCGGUUAAGGGACUUUAUGGAAGCUAAUAGGACUAUCAUCUCAGGUCAACUCCCAGAUUCCCCCAAAUAUGAUGCUCCUUCGAGUCCAUCGAUUACUUCAUCUCCAGUUUCUCGUCCGUCGCUCACGACACGAUCUUCAAAACAAUUCUAUGAGAAGCCUAAAGUAACGGUUUAUUCCAUUUUACCGUCUGCAUGA